AUGACUAUUGAUCCUCCGCAGGCCGACUGGCCAUCAUUCAAGACGCUGGCCGAUGUGAUUAAAUUCACUGGUUUGGCCGGUGAUCCUGCAGACAAGGACACCCAGGCCGGCUCUUUGAGUUCUCUGCUGGGCUCGGAUGGGAGUGAUCAUCCGCGUGUGUUUGCUAUGAUAUCCGAAGACGAUUUCUCUAAAAUUUUGGAGAAGUGGAAGGUGCCAGUGGUUUCAGGAGGGGCAGUUACACAGCAGGAUCCCACCCCUCGUCAGUCUGGACAAGGCGCGUUAGUUGGCAGGACAUGCAGAGUCGUUGUGGGUUUGAAUGUCACGCAACCGUCCGCUUCGCCAGCUGCUGCUGCUGUGACAGUGUCGGCCGCUCCCAAAAGGAAGGUCAAGCUCAAUGCUGUGAUAAACCAGACUGAUGACAUGGAAGUCGACAUCCUGGACGAUCAAGCAAUCACUGAUGCCUACGCCCGCUACACCAAGAAGAUUGGGGCAGCGCCGCCCCCGGAUCAGGAGCUGAGCUCCGAGCAGCUCACCACUCUGCACACUUUGUUCCAGAGUGGGAGGGCGCCCUACACUGACAUGGCUGUGUGGGGACCUUAUCAUCACCGCUUGGCCAAGAAGAUAAGGCUCAAAGGCAUCCGGCUGAACGCUCAGGGUGAGAUCAUUCCGGUGGAGAUACAGGGCCCUGCCGAUUUCGAGGCAUGGCGGGAGAGCUACAGUGUCUUCAGGACGGGAUGCAUCAUGUUCGGCCAAAUCUCCCCUGCAAGACUGGACAGCUAUGAGCAUCACAUUCGGUCUUAUCACGAACGUUACGGCAGAAGCUGCUGGGCACUGCUCUAUCAAGCCGAUGUGCGGGCUAGAUUGGAGUUGGCCGAGCGUCUAAGACGCCAAGGAAAAGAGGAAAUGGAUGCCGCCAUCGCUGCGGGAGGAACUCACGAGUUCAACCCUGCCACACCAUGGGAAUACGUCUGGAAGAUGCUAGUGAAGGACCAAUCGUUUUGGCAUAAAGAGCUCGAAGAACCUGCUUUGCUCAUUUUAGCCAAGACGCAAAGGAUGGCGCAUGUGCUGGGUGCUGACGCUGCGGUAGAGACCUCAGGGAAUGCCGGCACUGACAGAACCAUCCCAUCCUCCGCAACCACCGCCAAGCGCAAGCGCGAGGACAAUGUUCGCCAGCACGUGGUUGGCGAGGAUGGCCUCUUGACUCAUAACCGCCGAGGCGCUGAAUUGUGCCGUGGCUUUCAGAAAGGAGAGUGCGUGGAGAAGGAUCGCAGCGGUUUCUGUGCAAAGAAUGGGCGGACGCGCCAUCAAUGCGCAAAAUGUUUGUCCGAAGAGCAUGGGGCACAGUCGUGCCCUCAGAGUGCCCCGAAGCAUCCCCGCACCUUCAAGCCGAAGGGGGGGCGCAAGGGCGCUGGAAAGAGCAGGGCGUGA